UUCCAGACUUCUUCUUCCCCCCAAAUCCCCAAUGCUUUCUGUUCCCGCCUCCCUUCACUCAACAAUCCUCCCUGUCGGGAAUUCACCGCCGACCUCCUCUCUCUCUUAGACGCCGGCGCUUUGUCACUCCAGUUCUUCUUCUGGUUGGUUUCUACAGAUCAUAAAUCAGCACUUGUUUGUUUGUUCUUACAGCGUUACCUACAAUAGCUAUGACACCCAUGGAUAUUGAAACAGAAACACUUGACAGAAGACAAUCUCUCUAUCGAUCCAUGGAUGAGAUGUUUGAAAUUCAGAAAGAGAUGUACAAGGGCCAACAAUAUAGUCAGAUAUACUACAUAAGGUUACACUUGAUCAGAACUCUCAUUUACUCUCUUCUUCCAAAUUGGAAACCUCACUUGCCAGUGUGUACAGUUUUAGGGCUAGAGAAAGGCAAAGAGUGCAUUGUUGUUGGAACACUUUAUAAGCAUAUGAAGCUCAAACCUACAAUCCUGAGUGAGUACUCAAAAGAGAGGUCUGUAACCCCACUUGUGACCCCUGAUAAUUUUGUGCAUGAAGAUGAUAAUCUUGUUCUUGAAGAUGAAAGUGGAAGAGUCAAUCUUAAAGGCAGUGUACUAUCACCUUCUGUAUAUGUAACAGGAAAUGUUGUUGCUUUGCAUGGAAAAGAAACCAAUAGUGGUGAUUUUCUUGUUGAAGAUAUUCUUGAAGCCGGUUUACCACCCCAGUUGGAUCUCCCAAAUAAAUCAGGAGAAGAUAAAUAUGUUGUCUUGGUAUCUGGAUUAAAUGUUGGAAGCAGUUCUUCUAAUCCACUUCAACUACAGCUUCUUGUUGACCACAUUACUGGUCAUCUAGGAGACAAAAAGGAGCAACAAUCAGCAGCUGAAAUAGUUCAAGUCGUUGUUGCUGGAAAUUCUGUCAAAAUUGACCAUAGUCUUCUUAAUGGUCAGAAUUUGGGUUCCAAGGACCAAUCUAAGUUAUAUGAGCCACUCAAAGAACUUGACAUCUUUUUGACUCAGAUUGCUGCAAGUAUGCCAAUUGAUAUCAUGCCAGGAUACAACGACCCUGCAAACUUUGCUCUCCCACAACAGCCUUUGAACAGAUGCCUUUUUCGUGGAUCAUCAGCCUAUAACACAUUAAGGUCAUGCACUAAUCCUCACCUCUUUGAUGUGGAUAAUGUGAGGUUUCUUGGAACAUCUGGUCAAAAUAUUGAUGAUCUUGAAAAAUAUUCAGAAGCAAAAGAUAAAUUGGAAUUCAUGGAAAGGACAUUGAGGUGGAGGCACCUAGCCCCAACUGCACCAAACACCCUUGGGUGUUACCCCUUCACUGAUAGGGACCCUUUCUUCAUUGAGAGCUGCCCUCAUGUUUACUUUGUUGGUAAUCAGGAUAAAUACGCAACUCGCAUUGUAAAAGGAUCAGAGGGGCAGGUGGUGAGAGUCAUUUGUGUUCCGAAGUUUAGUGAGACGGGCGUUGCUGUUAUGGUGAAUCUGAAAAAUCUGGAGUGUCAUACUUUGAGUUUCGGGACUGAUAUAUAAACUUCAACACUCCAAACGUUCUUCAUAUUUGUUGGUUUUGUUUUUGUAUUUUCAGAGAUUGAUAUGUAUUGUUAUUAUGGAUAUUGUUUUGUAUUGUUGGUAUCAAAAUUACAAGUUGGAUAAA